GUCGCAGUGAGCACACGUGUGUUUUGUGUUUGUGAAUAUAUACGUAAAUAAAAUGCCGUGCAGUGAGGACGAUGACUCUCAACAUGGUUUUUCGGAACCAACACAAGGAAUGUCUAAAGCGGAGUUAAGAAAGACAAACAAGCCGAUAAUGGAAAAGAAGCGGCGCGCACGCAUCAACAAUUGCCUUAACGAAUUAAAAGAUCUUCUUAUGGAUUCCAUGGAUAAAGACCCAGCACGUCAUUCUAAACUAGAAAAAGCCGAUAUAUUGGAGAUGACUGUCAAGCACCUGCAAACACUACAGAGGCAACAACUAGCAGCUGCAAUUGCUGCCGAUCCAGCUGUUCUGCACCGCUUUAAGGCUGGCUUCGGGGACUGUGCGGUAGAAGUUCGCAGAUACCUCUCAAGAUUAGCCAGCGUACCGACGGGAAUCCGCUAUCGACUUGGAAACCACCUCAACUCUUGCAUCUCCGGCAUCGAACGACUACACCCCUCCGAAUAUGCCCCCUUAGUUCCUGAUCCAUUACGUCUAGAUGACGAAAGACCCAGCGCUUUCCAUUUCGUUAAAUCAACUAAACCAACAAGCCCCCCACUUAGCCCUCUAUCCUGUGACUCUGCUUGCGAUUCGUCUACGGAACUAGAAACACCUCCACGCCCUGUUCAGAAGUAUCCUUUCCCAACACCUCCGAGCCACUCCGCGUCAGAUCAAGACUCAAGCCCAGAACAGAAAGCAACAGUUUCGUCCACAACAAUAUCACCAGAAACCUUAAAACAGGAAGCAUUAAGAAAUAAGAAGAUAAUGGAACCCCUAUCUAUUGUGAUUGAUGUGGAGAACUACAAAAUUGGAAUCGACGCGUCGCCCAAACGCGCAGUGGAUUAUUCGAUGCGACAUAAAUAUAAACGACAUGCCGAAUCUAUAGGACCUCCUCCGAAACUCAUACGUUUGGAUGCAGAAAAGACAGUGACGAUACCCGAAAGGCAUACGAUUAUACCGAGACGCGAUGCGAAGGAAGUUUUAGAUGCCAAUAAGAAAGUUGAAGACUUGCAUUCGGCGUUCAAACAGAUUCCAGAAAGGAUAAAGUCAUACCCAGAGAUAAAGUUAACGAUUCCUCCAAGCAUACCGGCUCCCAUUGAAAUUCCUUUCGAAAGGAGACCGAAUGUGCCUAGAACUGUGAUAAGCCACACCGCGGAAUCUUUAGCACAAUCUAGUUCAACGAGUAGUGAACUCGCUAAAGAAAGAGCUGAAGCCGAUACUAGUUCAAAAUCUCCAGUUCAGGGCACUUCUAGCUCGGAAGUGUGGCGUCCUUGGUGAUUUAACUGUGAUAUAGAGUAAGGAAUACAAUUUAACAGUGUCCAAUAAGAUUCUUAUUGGAACAGAAAAGAAUAUAAAGGUGAGAUGCAUAUGCAUUGAAGUGAAAGGUUUAGAAUUGGAUGCAACAGAAUAUAUAUGCAUCUAUUUUCAUCAUAAUUUAUAAUAGAUCCUGCAUAAUGCGGUGUAUACCAAUCUUGGUAUAAUAUUUUAGUUUAUUUUUAUACGAUGUUACAUUGAAUGGUGCUAUAUAAAGCAGUUGUAACACAUUACAAUAGAAUAGAAAUAAGUUAUCUUAAGUUAUAGAAUAUAAUUCAAAGACACGUGACUUUAAGAAUUUACCUAUGUGGUAUUCUGUUUUACUAUU